AUGGAACAUAUCCGCCCACCCCCAGAAUUAGACUUUUCGGCGUCUGAGGGAAAUCUCCCACAAAAAUGGAGAAAAUGGGAACAAUCCAUGCGACUAUAUUUAGAUAUAGCGAUGUCAGAUAAAUCUGAAAAGGAAAAAUGUAGUGCAUUCCUAUACAUAAUAGGACAAGACGGAAGGGAAAUUUACAACACUUUCACAUUCACAGAGGAAGAAAAAGACAAAAUUGAAGUUUUAAUAAACAAAUUUAAGUCUCACUGUGCCCCGAGGGAAAACAUAACUGUGUGGCGACACAGAUUCUACGCACGUACACAAGGUAAAACAGAAACUAUUGAUGAAUUCGUGACCGAACUACGCAUUAUUGCAAAAAACUGUAAAUUUGGUACACUGGAAGAUGAAAUGUUACGCGAUCGUAUUGUCUGUGGUGUAUUUUCAGAAAAGGUGAAAGAACGACUUUUGAGAGACAAUCAACUCACACUUGAAAGGGCCAUAACUGCUUGCAGAGCCAGUGAGGAGUCACAACAAAUGUUAAAAAAUCUAAACACAGAAGAAGUCAACGCAGUACACAAAAAUCAUCGUGAUAAACAAAACAGACCCCCCAAGGAACGUUAUACAAAUAGACCACAUAGUGCAAGGGGAGGUAACAAGAAACAGUCAGUCAGGGGAGACAACUCCAACCACAGCAAACAACAUGUAAAACAAAAACUAUUUCAGUGUGGACGUUGUGGCACUAAACACGGAUAUCGGAAAUGUCCAGCAUUUGGUCAAAUAUGUGAUAAAUGUAAGGGAAUGAAUCAUUUCGCUCGACAGUGUAAAACUAAAGUGGUACACGCGAAUGAGGCAGUGGACAUGGAAGGAUUCGAAGACUUGUUCAUUGGUGCAGUACAUAAUCACAAAACAGAGGUUGGAACUAAUGAAGCUUUCGCAAAUCUCAACAUCAAUGGAACAAAUGUCAGGUUCAAAUUAGACACGGGCUCCCAGGCCAACAUUAUAUCGGACAAGUUGUUUAACUGUCUAAAUGUAGAACCAAAAAUCAAAUUAUCGGACACGGCAACGCGACUAUCGAGCUACACUGGCAACAAAAUACCCAUAAAGGGGAAGUGUAGGCUCCAAUGCCUAAAUGAAAACGUUGAAUUCUACGUCGCAAGGGAAGACACAGUCCCAUUACUUGGAUUCAAAUCAUGUCAAGACCUUGGGCUAGUAAAAGUGGUCAUGAUGACUGAAAAGGUUACUGAGCCGUCAGUGGAUAAACAGGACCCUACUAGCAAGUUUCUGGAAAUAUUUAAAGGAUUAGGUUGCCUUAAGGAGCCAUACACCAUCAAAGUUGACAAAAGUGUAACACCGGUUGUAAACCCACCACGUAAAAUCCCUGCAAAUCUACGCGACAAAUUAAAAAUCACACUCAACGAAAUGGAGAAAAAUGGUGUCGUGAGAAAAGUUGAUGAACCCACUGACUGGGUCAGCUCCAUAGUGCUAGUGGAAAAGCCCAAGUCAGGCAAGUUAAGAGUGUGCCUCGACCCGAGGAAUUUGAACAAGGCCAUAAAGCGUGAACAUUUUGAGUUACCAACAAUUGAAGAUAUCACAACGCGAAUGUCAGGUGCUAAAAUCUUUACUAAGCUCGAUGCCAACAGUGGUUAUUGGCAAAUCCCUCUAGAUGAGCCUAGCCAACUCUUGACAACCUUUAAUACACCUUUCGGCAGGUACUGUUACCUACGCAUGCCGUUUGGCAUAAAGAGUGCGCAAGAAGUUUUUCAGAAGCGUAUAGCACAACAUUUCGAUGACAUUGAAGGUGUCGAAGUGGACAUAGACGACAUACUUGUGUUUGGAAAGGAUAACGCGGAGCACGAUGCUCGUCUCGAUCGUGUGUUGCGUAGUUGCGAACAGAUAAAUCUCACCUUGAACAAGGACAAAUGCAGGUUCAGCGAAAAUGAGGUCACAUAUAUAGGUCACAGACUGUCUGCCGCUGGUGUAAAACCAGAUCCAGAAAAACUGAGUGCAAUUACUGAGAUGCCCCGACCAGUUGACAAAAAAGGAGUAGAGAGACUACUUGGAACUGUCAAUUACUUAGCCAAGUUCAUACCAAACAUGUCAACCAUCACACAGCCGAUUCGAGAGUUGCUCAGAAAGGAUGUCGCAUUUCAGUGGAACAAAAGUCAGGAUGACGCUUUCAAGCAAAUACUAGGCAUAUUGUCAAAAGAGCCAGUACUAGCAUUUUAUGACCCAAGAUUACCAACCACCGUAAGUGCAGAUGCAUCAAAAUCCGGAUUAGGUGCUGUAAUUCUACAGAGGAAUAAGCCCAUAGCAUUUGCCUCUAGAGCAAUGACUGACACAGAGUCAAGAUAUGCACAAAUAGAGAAGGAACUUCUUGCAGUUACCUUUGCUUUAGAACGCUUCAACAACUACACCUGUGGAUCGCAGGCACUAACUGUAGAAAGUGAUCACAAGCCGUUGGAAGCCAUACUAAAGAAACCCCUAUCUCAAGCGCCACCUAGGUUACAGAGAAUGCUUCUACGUCUACAACGCUAUGAUUUCACUCUAAUCUACAGGCCAGGCAAGGAAUUAGUAGUAGCGGACACACUUUCUCGUGCAUAUCUUCCCAACAAGGAUGGGAACAUGGAUGAAGAACUCAAUUGUCAUGUACACACUGUUUUGAACAGUCUACCUGUCUCUGUCAAUAAAAUGGAUCAAAUUCGCACUCGAACAGACGAGGAUGAACAACUCAGUCAAGUUAAGGCAUUGAUAGAGAAUGGCUGGCCAGAAAAUAAAAAUGUUCUAACAAAAAACCUACAAGAGUUUUGGAAACUUAGAAAUGAACUAACUAUCAACGAAGGCAUAGUGCUCAAAGGAGAAAGGAUAGUAAUUCCGGAAAGUCUCCAAGAUGAAAUACUGUCAGAUCUUCAUGUAGGUCACUUUGGUAUAGAAAAAACCAAACUCAGAGCCAGAAGUAUUGUUUAUUGGCAUGGCAUGAACACUGAUAUUGCUGACAUGAUAUCAAGGUGUAGUACCUGUAUGGAUAUGAGGAACAACAAUCAGAAAGAACCUUUGAAGCCAACACCUGUACCAAGUGGACCGUGGCAAGUUGUGGGAACCGACUUAUUCUCAUGGAACCAGUCAGACUUCCUGAUAGUCACUGAUUACUAUUCCCGAUACUUUGAGGUAGCAAAGUUGGAGAACACUAAAAGUGUAACAGUAAUAACACACCUGAAAUCUAUCUUUGCACGACAUGGAAUACCGUUUGAAGUGAGGAGCGACAAUGGUCCACAAUAUUCCUCAUCCGAAUUCAAAACAUUUGCGACAAAGUGGAAGUUUAAACACACAACAUCAAGUCCCUAUUUUGCUCAAGCGAACGGCUUAGCAGAGAAAUCUGUACAAACCAUGAAACGCAUCCUUGAGAAAACCAACGCUAAUGGGCAAGAUCCGUAUCUUGCUCUACUCGAGUACAGGAACUCGCCUACGGAUACAGAAUCACCAGCACAACUACUCAUGAGCAGAGAGCUUAGAUCUGUGCUACCAGUUACCCAACUUAAACUUCAACCACGUGUAGUGUCUUCAGAACACGUUCAGAAAACCAGACAGAAAUCGCAGCAAAAGCAGAAAAAAUAUUUUGAUAUUGGAGCCAAACGCCUGUCGGAAUUAAAUGACGGAGAUAAGAUUCGUUUUAAACACAGAGGACAAUGGACUCCAGGAAACAUUUAUAAUCACUCUGAAUACCCGAGGUCCUACACAGUAGUGACACCUGAUGGUGAGAAGUUUCGUCGAAAUCGUCGAGACAUCAUUCAGUCACGAGAGGAAACAUUCAGGAGAAACACAGAGGACAUUCCUGAUUUCAUGGAGCAAGAAUCAACUACGAAACCUAGUGACACGCCAACGCAUAAGGCGACAGCACUAGCAAUGCCCACCGGAAACUCUCCGAGUAUGAAGACAAAAUACGGCAGAAGUGUGAAACUGCCAGCACGAUUCAAAGAUUAUGAGAUGUGA